AUGGUUAGGGAUCUUCUGGGCGGUGCGGUAGCAGUGGAAGAUGUCGCUGUCGUCCUUGUUUCGCACGCGCUCGACGAGGUCCGCUUCGAUGCCCUUCAGAUCUCGAGUCCACUAGCCGUCGGAGGGCUGGAGGAUGGGGAGGUCACGGGCGUCGGCAUCAGCCCCGGCCUCGGGGGCGUGUGCCCGAUUGCUGCAUCUGUGGCGCGGCGAGAAGACGUGCCCCGUGCAGCUGGUGCAGUAUGUGAGUCCGAAGGCCUCCGCGAGACCUGGGGACAGGUCGUCUGCAUGUUGGGAACGGAAGUGCUGAGCCAGCUUGGUAAGGUCGAAGCGUCUGUCUUCGGCGCCUGCCGAGUGUUGGUGCUUGCGGCACCGCUCGAAGGGGCAGGGGAAGCGCGGGGGUGGCUGGCGUGGCGCGAGUUGCUCUGGCUCCGCCAGCAGCAAGGAGUCUACCGCUCCACAACACGAGCACGGGUUGAGCUUGAGCUGGUGUUCCGCAAGGCUGGGAUGGAGCGUUCCAACCAGCCAUGGGCUUUUUCCGUGAAUAGCGUUGGCAAUGGCGAGGUUCAAGAGGGCGCUGCCAUAAACAACGGAGCGACAGCAACUGCUCGCCUUGAACCAGGCUUUGCGAGGCAAGAAGGGCCGCACGAAGCAGGCGAAGCGGACGCAGCGGGUGAAGAGGAAGAAGAACGCGCAACAACGUUCAUUUCAGCUGUGUCUGAUCUCCCAGCUGUUCAGGUGUACCAACCAGGCAUCGCGCCAGAUCCCCUCCGCAGGAUGGACCUUGGAAGCAGCUCGGACGAGGACGAGUUCCACAGCCAGCAGGAACCAGGUUCAACCGAUACAAACGGCGACACUAGCGAAGACGACGAUGAGUUUCAGGACCCAGACACAGGGCCCAUUACCGAAAGUGACGAAGACGAGGAUGAUGAGGAUGAUGAUGAUGACGACGAGGAUGACGGGGAUGACGACGAGGAUGACGGGGAACGACCGCGUGACAAUGCAGGAGACCUUGGCAUGAAUGACUUUGAUGAGGGUGUUGAGCAAGACCCCGACUUCUCUAUCGCAGACCUGGAGAACAGCACCGCUGGGCUGCGCCUGCCGCCAUCGGACCGGGCAGAGCCCUCGCCGUCUCAACCGCAAGCUCCGGCCCCACGCGGCCACGACGCGACACGAAGGAGAAGCAACAGAGGUGGUGAGCAGACGCGUGGCGCUCGUGCAGGCGGUGCUGGGCAGGACUCUGCAUUCCAGCACGCAGCCGUCUCACGAGGUCGUGCACAGCAACAACAACAACAACAACAGCAACAACAACAACAACAACAACAACAACAACAACAACAACAACAACAACAACAACAACAACAACAACAACAACAACAACAACAACAGCAACAACAACAACAACAACAACAGCAACAACAACAACAACAACAGCAACAACAACAACAACAACAACAACAACAACAACAACGUGCGAGUGCGCGUCGGCUGACGCCACGAACGUGGUCCUACAAGCAGGGACACCUUGAAGGGUUCAUCGAGGUUGAGCGUGACACGCGUCGCACCAUCAGUCUGCUGCAGGCCGUUGUGCCGCCCCCACACCUUCAAACCUUCAACCUCACCACCCCAAGCAACUUUGUCGCCUCGGACUUUGCUGUCCCAUUACCUUCAAGGAUAGCAGCCACGUCACGGUCCUCCCGGUCCUCCCUGCGCCCCAACCACCCGCUGUCCUCCUCAGUGGGGGCGCUGUCCUCCCUGUCAUCCACGCACGCGCGACCAUCAGGCCGCCUGUCCAUGCCAACAGGCAUCGGCAGCAGUAGUGCCAGUGGUGGUGGCCGCACUCGCAAUGCCAUCAAUGGUUAUGAUGAUGACGAUGAUGGUGACGACAAUGACGCAAGUGCUGGUGGUGAUGGAUUUGAUAUUCCGCACGACCACACCGUCGAAAAUCACGCGGCACUCGUCCUCGUCGGUCUGGACAACACGCCCCGACAGCUGGUCGGGUGCGGGUGGCGCGGUGUUGGCGUGGACGAAGCCCCGUUUCGCGUCGUCUUGGAAGACAUCCACAUCCACCGCAAGCUGCUGCUCGAAGGCCACGUGAUGCCUGGUGGCGGCGGCAUAUCGGGGUGGACGUUUGCGCUGAAGGACGGCCUCCCACCGGAGAGCAUUGGUCGCUUUGCGCUCACCGUCGUGGGCGACACCCCGUUCCUCAGCGCGUUUCCCUCACCGGUUGAACGCGGAUGGGCAAACGCAUAUGUGCAUGACAUCCAAAGCGCACCCAACCCAACAUCAUCCCCGCUCUGCUCCCCGCUCAUCACAAAGGCCCAUUUUGUGCAGCUGUGCACGCGGUUCGGGCUGCCGCAGGUGGCACAAGCUCUUCAGAAAUGCAAAAAGCCGUGCACGUUGGAGCACCUCGCUGUCCGCAAUGCAGUUGCACUCCGCGAGUAUCUGGGGCUGGCGUCUCAGGAGCACAGCUUCUACAUGAUGGCCAUCAUCGAAUGGAUUCUCCAACUCAGAUCCCCUUUUCCGGCGCCUGUCCACGUUUGA